AUGCUGCCCACACAAGUGAUGAUAAAUGGUACUUUCAGCUCUUCUGCCUUCCACAGAGCCGAGCAGGGAGCUGAGGAGCUGCUGGCCAGGACCCAGCCCCAAAACGCGAGCAGCAAGGCCUCAUCCGAAAACGGGCGAAUGACGCAUAACCGCACUAACUCUACUGCUCAGAGGCUCAGGGGAGCGGGGGAUUGUGGCGUGGACAAACAUAGAGUUAAGGUGUCUCAUGCGCUGGCUUUUCCCAUCCGCGGCACGCUAAAGCACGUGUCCAGAUGUGCGCGCCGCAACACCCGCCUCAAAUCUCCUGAUCCACAGUUAAACAAAGACCGAGCGCCUUAG